CUGCCUGCUGCCAUUUCACUUGCAAAUGCUUUUCACUUUCUUUCGAAGAAAUUCAUGAAUUAGUCUGAGCUGCGAUGCAAUAGUGGACACUCGUCACGAAACAAAUGAAAGUGAUGCUGAAAGUGAAUCUGAAUUUGUAACAAAAUAUAUUUAUAUAAUUUAAUAAAUUUAUUCCAAUUUACGUCGGCAUAAUGUUGCAGAAAGAUUUUUACGAUGAUGCUGUUAUAUUUGUAACUGGUGCAACUGGUUUUGUGGGCAAAACCCUCUUGGAGAAGUUGCUUUGGAGUUUUCCACAAGUCAGAUGUAUCUACAUACUCAUACGCGAGAAAAAUGGGAAAAGUGUGAAUGCGCGGUUUCAUGAGUUUCAGCAACACAAAAUCUUUGAGCGCAUACGCUUGAAUGUGCCAAAACGUUUGGAAAAACUUGUGUGUCUUAAAGGCAAUAUAGAGAGUGACGACUUUGGCUUGAGCAAUACAGAUAAGAAGAUACUUUGUACACAGGUUAAUGUCAUCUUUCACAGUGCAGCUACAGUACGCUUCAAUGAGCGGCUCAAAGUUGCUGCACAAGUAAAUGCAAUCGGCACGUGGCACCUAUUGGAGCUUUGCAAACAAAUGCCACAACUUAAGAGUUUUGUUUAUGUAUCGACUGCAUACUGUAAUCCCGGACGCAAAUUUGUUGAUGAAAUGAUUUAUCCCACGCUACCGCCGGUGAAUUGGAAAGACUUUGUUAAUUGCACUAAAAGAAUACCAGACGCAUAUUUCAAUAGUUUAGCUAACUAUAUUAAGGUAAAAGUCAUAGAUAUGUAUCUGAAGCUAAACUGAACUGAAAGAAAUUAUUAUUUCAUUAAUUAGGUACAUUG